AUGGACUGUAACCCGCCAGGCUCCUCUGUCCAUGGGGAUUCUCCAAGCAGGAAUACUGGAGUGGGUUGCCAGGCCCUCCUUCAGAGGAUCUUCCAAACCCAGGGAUCAAACCCAGGUCUCCAGCAUUGCAGGCAGAUUCGACUGCCUGAGCUACCAGGGAAGCCCAAGAAUACUGGAGUGGGUAGCCUAUCCCUUCUCCAGGGGAUCUUCCCGACCCAGAAAUCGAACCAGGGUCUCCUGCAUUGCAGGUGGAUUCUUUACCAGCUGAGUUACCAGGAAAGUCAAAAUCAUUAUAUAGAAAAAGUCAAUUCUGUCUUUAUAAUAUAA